CCAGUGACGAAGGCUCUGAAAGACGGGGAGGCGUGGGCUGGUGACAGGAGGAAGGUGGCAGCAAGCAUGGCUUCAGUGUGCUCGGGCUAAAAACAUGAGAACUAUGAAAGGCUAAUGAAAAUCUUGAUGCGCAGUAGACAGAGGCGUGCAGAGGCGGGCGUGGGUGAGGGGCAGAGUGGGGUGAACGGGUGAGGCGGGGCGGGGGAGAAGAUGGGGAAAGAGCAAGGCGCGCACCUUCGGCCAGCGCUUUACGGUGUGUGCCCAGUUCAGGUCCUUUGAUUUUCUAAUUUCGGAGGAAGAAAGCGAAGCUAGGGGCUGGGGCCUUGAAGGGAGGAGCGAAGAGGGCUGGGGGUGCCAGGGCCGAGUGGCAGCGCGAGGUGUGGCCGUGCGCAGCGGGGGUGGGCGCGGGGCGCAGUCGGUGCGGGGCGGGCCGCGGCGGCAGGAGGGGAGAGGCGGGCUCCGCCGGCACACGCCGCCCCUGGCAGGGGGCCGAGCGCGCGCGAGGAGCCACUGCCGCCGCUCGGGGUCGCCUGCAGCCCCAGAUUCCCGAGUGCUCGGCUAGCAUGGCAGCCACCUCGGUGCCGAGCCCCGCGGCCAGCUAGGGGCGCCCCCCGCCCCGGCCCAGCCCGUCGGAUCCCGCUUGACUCUGCGCCCUGGGGACGCGCCGCCUCCCAGCCAGAGUGCCAUCCCACAGGUGUCUACACGUCUGGCCGUUCAUCCGUCCGUCCCUCCUGAGGCCGGAACUGACCAUGCCCAGCGGCUGCCGCUGCCUAAAUCUCGUGUGCCUGCUGUGCAUCCUGGGGGCAGCCAGCCAGCCUGCCAGAGCGGAUGACUGCAGCUCCCACUGUGACCUGGCCCACGGCUGCUGUGCUCCUGACGGCUCCUGCAGGUGUGACCCAGGCUGGGAAGGGCUGCACUGUGAGCGCUGUGUGAGGAUGCCUGGCUGCCAGCAUGGUACCUGCCACCAGCCCUGGCAGUGCAUCUGCCACAGUGGCUGGGCAGGAAAGUUCUGUGACAAAGAUGAGCACAUCUGUACCUCACAGUCACCCUGCCAGAAUGGAGGCCAGUGUGUGUAUGACGGGGGUGGCGAGUACCACUGUGUGUGCCUGCCGGGCUUCCAUGGACGUGGCUGUGAGCGCAAGGCUGGACCUUGUGAGCAGGCAGGCUUCCCGUGUCGGAACGGAGGGCAGUGCCAGGACAACCAGGGUUUUGCCCUCAACUUCACAUGCCGCUGCUUGGCAGGAUUCAUGGGUGCCCACUGUGAGGUCAAUGUGGAUGACUGUCUGAUGCGGCCUUGCGCUAACGGUGCCACAUGUAUUGACGGCAUAAACCGCUUUUCCUGCCUCUGUCCUGAGGGCUUCGCUGGACGCUUCUGCACCAUCAACCUGGAUGACUGUGCCAGCCGCCCGUGCCAGAGAGGGGCCCGCUGUAGGGACCGGGUCCAUGACUUUGACUGCCUGUGCCCCAGUGGCUAUGGUGGCAAGACUUGUGAGCUUGUACUACCCGCUCCAGACCUGGCCUCAAUGGGCACCCCGCAAACACCCACCUCAGCUGUAGUUGUACCUGCUACAGGGCCAGCCCCUCACAGCGCAGGGGCGGGCCUGCUAAGGAUCUCAGUGAAGGAGGUGGUGCGGAGGCAAGAGGCUGGGCUUGGUGAGUCUGGCCUGGUUGCCCUGGUGGUGUUUGGUUCCCUCACUGCUGCUCUGGUCCUGGCCACUGUGUUGCUGACCCUGAGGGCGUGGCGCCGAGGCAUAUGCCCCACUGGAUCCUGCUGCUACCCAGCUCCACACUAUGCCCCAGCUCGGCAGGAUCAGGAGUGUCAGGUUAGCAUGCUGCCGGCAGGGUUCCCUCUGUCACCAGACCUGCCCCCUGAGCCUGGCAAGACCACAGUGCUGUGAUGGAAGGGGGCUUUCUAGCUGCCUUCCUUACCUCCUUCACACCUCAGACUGUCACCAGUCCUCAGCUUUGGUACACCCAUCCAGAGGAUUUCCGCCUCAUACCAGAAAUAUUAUUUUUUUAAAACACAGACUGUAAGAUAGGAAUUUUAUCAAAUAAAAUUAUGAAAAUGCAA